AUGCCUGGGCUACUUGUCCUGCUCAUAGCCCUCACGAGUCUGCCCAUCCUCUUUGCCCUCCGAGUCUAUCGCCUCCUCCCUUCACGCGCUACAAAGGCCCAAUCUAGAGCCGGCGGUCACACGAGCGAGAUGAAAGCUCUUCUCUCGUCCCUGGAUUUUGAGCGCUACCAACCUCGGACAUACAUCUACUGCCAUGGUGACAACAUGUCCUUGAACGCUGUCGCAGAGAUAGAGUCUCAAAAGGGCAGCUUGACACACGCAAAGGCGUACGACCUCUUGCCCCUUCCCCGAGCCCGCCGCGUUGGCCAGCCUGCUCUUUCGACGUCGAUAUCCGUCAUCAAGACGCUUAUAGUCACAGUCCACCAUUUGCUCGUUGUCCCACUCUUUACGCGCCCUACCGAGCCGUUUGCAGACUUGCUCAUCGUGAAUGGUCCGGGAACGUGUGUGGUACUGGUCGUUGUUGCAUGGAUCAGAAGAAUCCUGGGACUCUCCUAUACCAAAAUCAUCUACGUUGAAUCAUUCGCGCGUGUCAAAUCACUUUCCAUGAGCGGCAAGCUCGUGCGCCCCUUUGUCGACCGCUUCCUCGUUCAGUGGCCGCAAGCUUCAGACCACAAAGCAGAGUGCAAAGGCUGGCUUGUCUGA